GUUGAUACCUCCAUUUUCUAACUUGCUAAUCAGUUUCAGUUCUAAUGGCUGUGAGUGAUCAAUUUCUGCUAUUUGCAGUGACAAGAUGGCUCUUCUCCUUGGCUCUCAAUCUGCUGAUGCCUUCGUCUUGCUGCUCCAUCUCCUCGUCUCCCGCGGCCAACCUGAGGCUGCUGAAGGGGAGGCUCACCCUCACCACGUACGGUGAGAUGGAGCAGCGGCUGCCAGAUGGCCACGAUGAGUCGUGUGCGGUCUGCUUGAACAGCCUAAGGAAGAGCAGCCACGUGUGGGAGCUCCGCAACUGCUGCCAUGUCUUCCACAAGCACUGCCUGGAGAGGUGGCUGGCUUAUGACAACAAGCUGACUUGCCCUGUCUGCCGGGCUGAUGUGAGGCCGCUGCAGCCGGAGCAGCCUAGCUGGGCGGUGGAGCGGAUGCUUUACCUGUUUGGAGAUGAUCUGCUUCCUUGAUUUCCUGCUUCUUCUUAAUCAUGGGAGGCACUUUUUAUUGGCAGCCUCACUCCAAUUUAGUGUAAAUGAUGAUGAUCAUUAGUACUAUUAUUUUAUUAUUACUAGUUCUUACUAUAUUUAUUUGUGGAUAUUUUAGUUUUGUAAAUAGAUGGUUGUUUUGGGUUUUGCACAUUAGCCAACCCAUGUUAGUACAUAGUGUUAGUUUUCAACAUUUGGGAAGUACUGCAUUUGAAACAUUGAGGAAAUAUUAAUAUGAAAAGCAAUUCUUUUCCCAC